CUCUCUCUCUUUCUCUCUCUACAAAAUAAGCUCACUCUCUCUCUUGCUUUUGUUUUUAGCUUUCUGCUUGAAUGGAGGGGCCUUAAAAAUUCUCUCUGCUUUGCGAUUCCUCAUUUUACUGUACUUUGUCGCUCCAAUCUCUGAUCCUCCUCUUCUUUUAAGCUCUUUUGUUGCUUCUGCUCUUGUUAAUUUAUCCUCAGAUUGCAAUAGAAUUUUGAACUUAAUGUUCCUGUGAUGGCUUCGGCAUCAGAUUGUGUUUCUCAGAGUGGCCCGGGGUUGAAAGAACGCAAUUACUUUGGGUUGUCGGAUUGUUCCUCCGUUGAUAGCUCUGCUGUCUCAAGUGCUCAUCUUGAAAGCAAGGAUAAUAUGAAUAUGAAAGCCACAGAAUUGAGGCUUGGUCUUCCUGGAUCACAAUCCCCAGAUAGAGAUUCUGACUUCUCCCUAUUAAACUCAGUUAAGCUUGACGAGAAGCCGUUGUUCCCAUUGGCUCCAUCCAAGGAUAGAAUCUGCACUUUGUCACAAAAGACAAUAGCGAGUGGAAACAAAAGAGGAUUUGAUGACACUGUAGAUGGCUUUUCUGAGUCCAAAACUACCAAUUUUUCUGAAGGCAACUGGAUGUUCAAUGCUACUGGUUCUGAUCCUGGACAAGCAAAACUAGCUGGUAAUAUGAUUUCCAACAGGCCAUCAGGGACUCAAUUAGCCAUUAAACCUGAAGUACCGGCAAAAACAUUACAAGAAAGUACUAACAAGAUAAUUGGUACUAACACUGCUAAUGCACCUGCUGCUAAGGCUCAGGUUGUGGGUUGGCCUCCAAUCAGAUCUUUCAGGAAAAACUCUCUGGUCACAACCUCAAAAACCAAUGAUGAAGUAGAUGGUAAACCUGGUCCAGGUGCUCUUUUUGUUAAGGUCAGCAUGGAUGGAGCUCCAUAUCUGAGGAAGGUGGAUCUAAGAAUGUACUCGGCAUAUAAAGAACUUUCUUCUGCGCUAGAGAAAAUGUUCAGCUGCUUCACUAUAGGACAAUGUGGACCUCAGGGAGCCCCUACCAGGAAAAUGCUGAGUGAGAGUAAGUUGAGGGAUCUUCUUCAUGGAUCGGAAUAUGUGCUGACUUAUGAGGAUAAGGAUGGGGACUGGAUGCUUGUUGGAGAUGUUCCAUGGGAGAUGUUCAUUGCUUCAUGCAAGAGACUCAAAAUUAUGAAGGGGUCUGAUGCUAUUGGAUUAGCUCCCAGGUCGGUGGAGAAAUGCAAGAACCAGAACUAGAACCCAAAGACGAUGGUUGGUUUCUGUCGGCAUUGUCAGGAGUCUUUUAGGCGUGAUUACGGGAGUGAAGUGCCACGGUGCUUCGUCUUGGAGUCAGAUAUCAAUUUUAUAUGCCUUCUGGUCUUCUCAUAUGGUUUCCUUGAGUGCUUGCUGCAUCUGCGUUUUUAUUUGUUGUUUAUCCUAAAUCUCGAUUUCUUAGUUGAGGCACGAUAGUUCACACUUCAAAUUUUUAUGUUUGUCAAGGUUAUACUUCAUUUGAAGAAAGCUACUGAUUGUGUGUGAUCUAAUACUUGUUAGAUAAGUGACUGUUUGGAUUGCGGUGCAUUUGUUUGUUUCGAUUGAAUCAAAAUCAGUAUGGUGAUAUUCUCUUCA